GGGGCCAACGUUCGCUCUUCUGGCCUUGGGGGCAGGCGGGAGCGGCGGUCCAGACCCGGGACUGACGCGCACCGCCCGGGAGGCUCCAGGAAGAGGGCACUAGGGCCCGGCGAGCGGCGUCUUAACUGGCGGCGCUAGGACCCCACGGGAAGCAGCGGGGGCGGAGCGGGCGGCACCAGGACCCGGGGGAACCGCGGCGGGCGGGCGGCGAGCAGGCCCGGGAGCCGGGAGGCUGCGGGCGGCGGCGCUGGACCCGACGCGGUGAGAGAGGCCUCGAGAUGCCGAGCAAGAAGAAGAAGUACAACGCGCGGUUCCCGCCGGCGCGGAUCAAGAAGAUCAUGCAGACGGACGAAGAGAUUGGGAAGGUGGCGGCGGCAGUGCCUGUCAUCAUCUCCCGAGCGCUCGAGCUCUUCCUAGAGUCGCUGUUGAAGAAGGCCUGCCAGGUGACCCAGUCCCGAAACGCCAAGACCAUGACCACAUCCCACCUGAAGCAGUGCAUCGAGCUGGAGCAGCAGUUUGACUUCUUGAAAGACUUGGUGGCAUCUGUGCCUGACAUGCAGGGAGACGGGGAGGACAACCACAUGGAUGGGGAAAAGGGCCCCCGCAGGGGCCGGAAGCCAGGCAGUGGCAGCCGAAAGAACGGUGGGAUGGGAACGAAAAGCAAGGACAAGAAGCUGUCCGGGACAGACUCGGAGCAGGAGGAUGAAUCUGAGGACACAGACACUGAUGGAGAAGAAGAGACAUCACAACCCCCACCCCAGGCCAGCCACCCCCCGGCCCACUUUCAGAGCCCCCCGACACCCUUCCUGCCCUUCGCCUCUACUCUGCCGUUGCCCCCAGCACCCCCAGGCCCUUCAGCACCAGACGCAGAGGAUGAAGAGGAUUACGACUCCUAGCACCCUCCGCCCCCCAGGCAAUAGGCCCUUUUAGUUGAUUUUUGUUGCUCUGGGGGGAGGAGGGAAAAUAGAGCUGUUCUUGAAUUUAUUAAAAAAAUUAAUAAAAGGGAAUCAUCAGUGUCUGUC